AUGGCUCUCCCUGCUACGCAAAAAGCGGUCAUUGUUCAGAGCCUGGGGGUCAGCAAGCUGGUUACUGACCGACCUAUCCCCAAGCUCCGCGACGACUACAUCCUUGUGAAAACAGUCGCCGUUGGCUUGAACCCCACCGACUGGAAGCAUGUCGAUUUCCUGGUGAAGGAGGGAGGCCCAUUGAUUGGCUGUGAUUACGCCGGAAUUGUUGAAGCCGUUGGGCCAGCGGUGACCAAGUCAUUCAAGAAGGGAGACCGUGUCUGUGGAGUGGCGCACGGCUCAAAUGUUGUCCAGCCAGAGGACGGCACCUUUGCAGAAUACAUUGUUGCAAAGGGCGAUUUGCAAAUUAAAAUUCCCGACAACAUGACUUUUGAGGAGGCUGCUACCCUCGGCGUCAGCGUUUCAACUGUUGGCCAGAGCUUGUACCAGUUUCUUGAUCUCGCGCUCCCCACGGCGCCCUCAACUGAUGCUACUCCAAUUCUCAUCUACGGAGGCAGCACUGCGACCGGUAUUCUCGGUAUUCAAUACGCCAAAUUGUCGGGCUACAAGGUCCUCACCACAUGUUCCCCCCACAACAACGACCUAGUCAAGUCGCUGGGCGCCGAUGCUGUCUUCAACUACAAUGACCCUGACUGCGCCGCCAAGAUCCGAGAGUACACAAAUAACAGCCUGACCAUCGCAUGGGACACCAUUUCGCUCCCUGAUUCUGCCAAAAUUUGCGAGGAGGCACUAUCGUCAUCUCCCUCGCCUGAAACUACUCUAAAAUACCACUCGCUCCUGCAGGUAAAGAUUUCUCGAACUGACGUCAAGGCAACUUACUCUCUGGCAUACACCGCAAUUGGAGAGGCUUUUACUCUUGGUGGUCAGCCCAUGCCCGCCAAGGAAGAGGACUUUCACUACGCCGUGAAAUUUUGGGAUCUGUCGCGGGAACUCUUCAAUGCUGGGAAACUGAAGGCGUCGCCGAUUCAGGUCGGCCAAGGGCUUGAAGGAAUCCCGGAUGGCCUGCAAGCCUUAAAGGCGAACAAGGUCAGUGGUAAGAAGUUGGUUUACAGAUUGUAG